AUGUUUGCUGUGAUAGUACACGUUGGUGCAGGCUUUCACUCGAAGACAAAAGAUCUUCUCUAUAAAAAGUUAUGCGAGGAUGCUUGCAAUGCUGCCGUACAUGUUCUUAGUAAUUUUUCCUCGGAUCACGCAGCUUUAAAUGCGGUAACAGCUGCUGUUUCGGUAUUAGAGAACAGUUCUCUUACCAAUGCUGGGUUUGGGAGUUGCUUGAAUAUUGAUGGUCAUGUGGAAUGUGAUGCGGGCAUAAUGUGUGGAAGAUGUUUAAUAUUCUCUUCAGUUGGUAGCGUGUCAUGUGUUAAAAAUCCGAUAGAAAUACCCAAGCACCUGCUGUUACAACAUCUCAGCGAACCCCGUUCCCCUAUUGGAAGAGUCAAGCCUUUGAGUUUAUGUGGAGAUGGUGCAAAGCAAUGGGCAGCAGAGAUCGGUAUUCCUCUUGUCCCAUCUGAUUCUCUUGUUUCUAAUGCGGCAAGAAAUAAGUGGAGAAACUAUUGCAAGUUGUUAGACGAAAGCAGCUCUGUGUCUCAAGCUCAUUUUAAAAAACCUCGAUUAGAUACAGUUGGUGCCGUUUGCUUGGAUAGCUCGGGCAAUAUUUGUUCUGCAACAUCGAGCGGUGGUAUUCCUUUAAAAUUUGCAGGUCGUAUUGGGCAAGCUACAGUUUACGGUUGUGGUUCCUGGGCGGAAGUUACAUCGGAUAUUUCUGUUGGAUGUGUCACGUCUGGAACAGGCGAACAACUAAUCAAAACACAACUUGCCCAGAGAAUCGCAUCUAAAAUACUCAAACAGAAUGAAAAGCAGUCAUUAUCUGAUAUCGUCGAUUCCACUUUUCAAGGAGAAUUUCUAGACUCAAAAUUUCUUCGAUACGAAGAAACACAGAAGCUUGGUGGAGUUAUAGGUCUAAGCAAGAUGCCUGCGGUUGCAAAUGAUCCGUCCUCGCCCUCAAUUAUAGAUUUAUUUGUCAAACAUUCGACAGAGUCUGUCGCCUUUGGCUAUUUUGUCAGUGGGCAGACUUCAAAACCUAUUUUUGGCGUUUCACGAAAGCCAGAAUCCUCUUUAACGGGCUCGAAAUACUUUUCUACCGCUUUCCAGAUGCCAAGGAGAUCUCUCUCUGAGGAUCGUGGAGAUCCAUCGGAGUCAGACGAUACGACAUCAUCUACUGAUAAGUCGAAGAAAUCCUUCGCAGUAAAGCAAUCACUUUGCUACACUGUAUACAAUCGUUUAAAGAAGAUCAAUAAGGAUGACGGUACUCCCUUAGUUCACGCCCUUCGUCUUCCCAAUAAGAGAAGUCAUCCCGAAUACUUUGAAAAGAUCACUGAACCGAUUGAUCCGGACAAAAUUCUUAAUAAGAUCAAGACCUCCAAGUAUUCAAGUAUUGGAGAGAUGGGAGAAGACAUUAAGCUAAUAGUUUCCAAUACACACUCCUUUUUCGGGCCUACAAGUACUGAGGGUAAGGAUGCAAAUGCCCUCGAGGAGGCUUUCAAUAAGGAAGUCCAGAGAGCUCAGGCUCUAACCGGUUCUAAAGCCCCUUCUGUGGCGUCUACAAGCAGUAGUGUCACAAGAUCAAGCCGCAGAGUUUUUAAACGGGAAAGAACUGACGAUGAAGAGACCGAUAAUGACGUCGUAUCUGUCGCUUUAUCUGAAAUAUCUGAGGCCAGUACUUCAACGAGUCACCGAACCAAUGUGAACGAACAAGCGCUUGAGGCGUUUUUUGCUUCAAUUGUUUCGUUCGAAACAGCCGGUGGUCGACAGAUUGCUCAGACUUUCGCUACGCUACCCCCAAAACAAGUCUACCCGCAGUACUAUGAGGUCAUCACUAACCCUAUUGAUCUGCGUAUGAUCUCCCAGCGUAUCAUCAGUGGCUUUUAUCACACAUUUGGUGAGAUUGAACAUGACUUCGUGCAGAUGGCGAGAAAUGCCAAGCACUUUAAUGAACCAAAGUCGCAAAUCUACAAGGAUGCAGUUAUUCUCCUACAAAUUGUUAAGGAGAAGAAGGCCAUGGUGAAAAAGCGCAUGAAACUUGACCCAGACGAGGAAUCCACUGAUGAUAAUGCGCAUGAAAUCACCGUGGACUAUGCAAAUCUCCCCGAUCCAGUUGACUUCGCUUCACCGAUUACCAAGAUGGAAGAAGAUGACGACAAUGAGGGUGACUAUGAGGGUGAUGAGGACGGCGAGACAAACAUUUCCACUCCUAGCACUACAGCUGUUAUCAAGCGUCGUCGUGGUCGUCCACGCAAACAGCCCACCGAUUCAGUAGCUUCCCCCGUGCCCUCUGAAGGUUCUGUAGCAGACCGAUCAUCAAUUGGUGCUCCAUUGACCCCUGUAGGAGGAGGUCAAAUUGGAACUCCUCCUCAAUCUACUGCUACUGUUCCUGCUUCUGGCAGUCUUACUUCUAGCCUUCCAAGUGGAAGUAUUGUUGGUGGAGGAGGUGGAAAUUCGUCUAUUGUGGACGUCUCUUCUCUCAUGCUGGAAGAGCAGAUUAUUCCACCCGGCUCACCACCUAAUAUGGCACCAUUUAUUGACCCAGCUGGUGGGGAGGAACAACUUAUUCCCACCAUGCUCUCUACAGCCGCUGUUGGCUCACUACGUUGGUGGGGAGAGCAUGUUCUUGAGGCUAUUUGUACUGCCACUAACUCAAUGGGAACUCUUCUGGCUCUACCAUUUAUGAGAUUGCCCUCAAAAAAAAUGUAUCCUGACUACUUCCGUCGAAUUGUCAAUCCCAUUUGCUUGGCCAAGAUCCGUCGCAAAAUCAAGCGAAAUGAGUAUCACAGCCUGGCUGACGUGAGAUCUGACCUCGAUCGAGUUUUCAUGAAUGCCCAAACUUACAACAUGGAGGGUAGUGACAUUUACAACGUCGCUGUUUACUUGCAACAACUUACCAAAUGCAAGUUUGUUGAACUGGGUCAAAUUGCUGCCAAAGCUGAAAGCGCUGGUCUUCUUUCCCCCGGUACAAAGAGACGUCAAAGUCGCGCACCCGGAGAGGAUGAAGCAACACCAUCUAAACGCCGCCAUCCUAUGACUGCUGAGGAGGCUCGUAAUAAACGGCUUAUCAAUCUCUAUAAUGCUGUGUUCAACCAUGUUGAUGAAGAUGGUCACCGUCCUAGAGACACUUUUAUGGUUCUUCCAUCUAGGGAAGAAUAUCCAGAUUACUAUGAGGUCAUUCCAGAGCCUAUUGAUCUGACAAUAAUUAAAGAACGCAUGGAAGCGAAUUAUUAUCCAACUCACCAAGCGAUGGUUGCUGAUUUGCGUCUAAUGUUUAAUAAUGCUCGUAGAUACAAUGAAGAGGAUUCUCAAGUCUAUCGCGAUGCGGAUACUCUUGAUAGAGUUGUAAAGAAGCGGCUUAAGAGCCUUGGUCCCUACGCGAGUUGUCCGCAGGGAGUACCUCGAAGUCCUACUACCAUCCGUCCUCAGCAAGAUUUAGCUACAGCUUAUGGUGGUAUGGUACCGGUACAACAUGCUGGUCCGGCACUGUCACCUCUUCAGCGAUUGAUGUAUGAGGUGUUCCAGGCUAUAAGAGAAUACCGAGAUCCUAUGGGUCGUCAGCUCUCUACUCUCUUUCUUCGUCUUCCUAGCAGAGCUGAUCUUCCUGCCUAUUACGAAUUCAUUAAGCGUCCAAUUGAAUUUCAGGGUAUUGCUAAGAAUCUUCUUCAGGGCACAUACAAUGAAUUUGAAGAGUUUAUGAAUGAUAUAUUCUUAAUGUUUGAUAAUGCAUGUGCAUUUAAUGAGCCUGAUUCGCAGAUCUAUAAGGACACUUUGGUCCUCCAUCAAGUUGCCUUGGCUAAGCGCAACAUGCUCCUAUCCCAGACUUACUCCUCGGGCACCGUUAUUCCUGGUCUAAUGCCUACUAGUGUUCCAGACGUUCUACCAAGUGUUCGUAGGCUUCUAACCAGUUUGCACAAUGCUAUGCUCACGGCUUGCGAUACUGAUGGGCGUGGUCUAGUUGAUUCUCUAAUUGCCGGUGAUGGAACAGAGACUUCAGUCACAUCAGCUACUGCUGCACGUCUAGCUGCUCUACAUCGGAGUGUUGCAGAUGGCUCCUACAGACGUUUAGAUCGUCUACAAGCCGAUUGGCUUGAAGUGCUUCGUCGAGCUCGUGUUGGUGAGGAGCCCGAGAGAAUGGCUGCUCUAUCAGAAAAUGACGCCAAAAGCAAUCAACCCACUCCACAGCAGCGUCAAGAUGCUGCAGAGCUGGCCAGACGAUGGAUUCGCCUUAGGGACUCAAUGUGCAAGCGUGCUAAUUCUGCUCCUGCUGCUCAACAGACUAAUUCUGCUCCAGGAGAGUCAAGUGGAAAUGAAUCGACGGGCAGUGGAGCCCCAGGAAUGUCCCUGCCAACGAAUUGGCAUAUAGUCAGUACUGCGAUGGCAUAUACGGAAGCUGCCUUGGAAAGAGAUCUUAAUAAUGAGGUAGAGGAGCAUAAACCUGUGGUUUUCCCUGAUGAUGGAGAAGGAGAUUUGCCACCUUUAUCUGAGGGCGAAACUGAGUUGCAGUCCGUUGAAUCAAAGGGACAGAUCUAUAAAGUUGGAGACUACGUGUACAUUGAACCACUUCGUCAAGAUGUGGCCCAACUUCACAUUGGUCGCAUCACUCGAAUCUCAGAGACUCCAGCUGCUAAUCCUAAUGAAGGUGAAAAUAAAGGAUCAUCUACGGUUAAAGUUCGGUGUGCUAUCUACAUGCGUUCAAUAGAAGCCAAACCCUCGCGCCGUAGACGCCUCCUUGCUGCUGAAGUCUUUCGUACUUCCUCCAGUAGAGUUGUUGAGCCUUCCAAACUCUUCGGCUACUGUUUGGUCAUGCAUAUCUCUCAUUUCAUCCGUUGCCGCCCAAAGAACAUUGAUGAAAGGGAUGUCUACGUGUGCGAGUCGCAGUACUCCCUUGCAAGCAAUUUGUUUGCCAAGAUAAGACGGUGGGGCGCACCAACUCCCAGUCAUAUUGAGUUGGAGGAUCGUGUGUCUCCUUUUGUGCCCACUCGUUUACCUCCAAGUGAACCUCUAGAUAGUGCUUUGGAGCAAGUGAAUACUGCAUCGUUUGCCUGCAUGACUUUCCCUCUUGAUAGACCUCUUCAGACCGUUGUUGAUGAGGUAUCAAAGGCUGAAAACAUUACCUCAUUUGAACAGUAUGUUAUUGCUAAUGAGGAGACACAUAUAACACUCAAGCAAGGGGACUGUGUCUUUGUUCCGUCAACUACUAGUGGUUCCGAUCGUCAAAUUCUGCGGAUAGAAAAGAUUUGGAAGAACAAUGAUGAGGAGAGCGUAUCUGUGACGGGAUCGAUAUUCAUCUUCCCGAUUGAGGUUGAACACUUGCCCACUCGUGUUUUCUUUCCUCGUGAGGUCUUCCUUACCAGCAAUGAUCGGGCCACCUUCCCGAUUUCCUCAAUUAAGACGAAAGUCAUGAUUAUGAGGCCUGCUGACUAUUUCAUUGCUCGACCUACAUGCUACCGUGAUGUUGACAUAUUCAUUUGUGAAUCCAAGUACAUUGAAGAGGAGAAAGUGUUGCGAAAGAUGAAGAAGGGUUUCAAGAAAUUCAAGUUCUCUGCUGAUACACUGGAAGAUGAGUUCUUCCUAUUUAAUCAACCGAUCGUUCCACAUAAGGAAGCAUCGCCACUUCUUGUAAAAGCAUCACCAACACCAUUGGGUUUGGACCAGUUGAACCAGCCACCCGCGAUGGCCUACGCAUGUGUGAUGGCGGCGGCUAAUGGACAGCCCACACCUGUGGUCGAUUAUGGUCCACGUUUGGCCCCCGCCCCGCCUCAUUCACCAGAUGUCGGUCAACUAGCUUUCAUGGAGGUCGGACUUGAUCGCACUGGAAAGAAGCGAAAACUCCGAAAGCCACCUUCGGGCUAUGUGAUUUAUGCCGGUGAGGUGCGCAAAAAGUUACUUCAAGAUCGUCCUGAUGCUCCAUUUGGUGAGAUUUCUCGUGAAGUCGGCUUGAUGUGGCGUCAAAUGCCUUCUCACGAACGAGAUAUAUACGAACGUAAGGCCCGAGUUAUCAAGCGUCGAAUGGAGGAACAGGAGAGCCAACAGAAAGCUCGUCUUCAUGAGCAAGAGAAGAUGUUGCACCAUCAUGAAAUGGUCCCUCAUCAUGGUGACCAUCACCAUGGUACUCCUGGUCAAUCACAACUUCAAAUGCAAGGCCCAGGCCAACAUGGUACUCCUGGUGGUGCCCCCCAUCAUCCAGCAGCCGCCACUAUGCAGUUCUAUCAGACUGCUACUCCUGGCCAACCUGGGACUGCUACUGUUAUCCAGAUGAUGCAUACCACUACCUCCUCAAGUGUUGCUAAUAGUGCAACAAUGCAACCGAGACCUAGUAUGAUGGAGCAAGGUCUUGUGCUCACCAACCAGAUGUCUCAUGCCCCUGUACUGGCUACUACCGGCGGCCAACAGGUGAUCUACCAAUUCGCCGGUCAACAGGCACCGCAAGGCAUGGUGCAGGCAUCGACUGUUGGACCACAGAAUGUGAACUUGGGUGGAUCACAAGUCAUUUUGACCCACCAUCCACAGCAGAUGGGUCUUCCUCAGCAACAUCAUCCUGGUACGCCUCAACAUUUCACUAUGAUGCAGGCUCAACAACAAGUCCAACACCAGCAACACCAAUCCGUUAGACCACCGAAUGUCAUGCCGGCUCAGCAAGUCCAAGUAGUCCAACAAUUGACCCAAACAACAGCUGAGGGAAGUCACCAGACGGCGUCUACAGUGGUGAACGGCAGUGGGGCAACUGGAACCACCACAGCAGUCGUUCCACAGCCAAUGACAGCAGCAGCAAUUCAAGCUCAACCGGCCCCACAUCCUGCAGCGCCCCCAUCGCGUGCACCCUCGCCUCUCUUUGUCUCGGUGCCGCCUCGUACCUCUCGUGUGCUUCAUUCAGAAAUUUAUCAAAAGUAUAUUGGGAGACUUCGUAGCAGUACACAAUACUUAAGCGACUGGAAGAAACAGCUAACAGGCGCUGCAGAGCCGCCCCCUCAGCUAAAUCAAAAUUACGCCGCACAACUUGCCACAAGCUACUUCGACACCCCUCAGCUGCACUCGCAUCAAGGUUCACUAGUGGAUGCUCUCUGGGGUCUAAGAGACAACCUCAUAAAGGACACAAUUAACAUUCGUACUCGUGCACUCGGACUGGAAGAGCUGUAA